AUGGCUACUAAGCUGUUUUUUACUCUCUCCCUCUCUCUGCUCGUGUCCGUAGCAAUCGGGCAACAAUCCACCCAAAUCAGGGAGGCCCGGCAAUGCCGUAUUCAACGAAUAUCGGCAAGCCAGCCCUCUCAGCGCAUUGAAUCAGAGGGUGGUGUCAUCGAGCUGUGGGACGAGAAUGAGGACCAGUUCCAGUGUGCCGGAGUUGCGCCAUUGAAGAUCACCAUUCAGCCCAAUGCCCUCCAGUUGCCUAACUUCCAUCCUUCUCCCCGCCUUUUGUACAUUCAGCAAGGAGAAGGCUAUGCAGGGAUAAGCAGGCCAGGAUGCCCAGAGACAUACCAUUCGCAGGAAUUCCGGAACGAUCGAGAGAGGCAAGAAGAAGAAGGAGAAAGAGAAGGGAGAAGCAGAAGAGAUCAGCACCAGAGGGUGCAACGUGUUCGCCGAGGAGACAUCUUGGCCGUUCCAGCCGGUGAAGCCCACUGGUGCUACAAUGAUGGCGAUGAAGACCUUGUUGUCAUCGCUGUCAACGACCUCAACAACCCUGCCAACCAGCUUGACCAGAGACAGAGAGCAUUUUACCUAGCUGGUGGACUACCAAAGGGAGGGCAGCAACAACUGCACCAAGAGCAAGGCAAGCAGACAUUCGAAAACAUCUUCCGUGGCUUCGACGAGGAAUUGUUGGCUGAGGCCCUUAACAUUCCUAGAGAACUUGCGAGGAAAAUGCAGCAAGAGAAUGACAGGGGACUCAUCGUAAAUGUCCGAGAAGGGUUGAGCAUGAUUAGACCUGAUGAAGAAGGGCAGGGAAAGUCGGAGUCCGAAGCAUCAAAUGGCAUGGAAGAAACUUUGUGUUCAAUGAAGGUCCGCACAACCCUUAACAGGCGAACAGAAGCUGAUAUUUACUCUAGGCAAGCCGGAAGAUUGAACAUUGUUAAUCGGCACAAACUUCCCAUCCUUGAAUACUUGGACAUGAGCGCAAACAGAGGCCACCUCUUCCCGGAUGCAUUGUACGCACCACACUGGUCAAUAAACGCCCACACAGUCGUCUACGUGAACAGAGGCGAUGCCCAAGUAGAGAUUGUCGGAAACAAUGGCGAGACAGUGAUGAACGAGAGAGUGAAACAAGGAGACCUGUUUGUGAUACCCCAGUACUUUGCGGCAACAGCUAAGGCAGGAAGCAAUGGCUUCAAAUGGGUGUCAUUCAAGACAAAUAGCUUACCCAUGAAUAGCCCUCUUUCCGGUUACACGUCAGUUAUGAGGGCCAUUCCCCUUCAAGUCAUUACCAAUUCGUAUCAAGUUUCCCCAGAUGAAGCUCAGAACUUGAAGCUGAACAGUGGAAGCCAAACCUUACUACUAUCUCCACAAAACAGGUCACAGUAA